AUGAAGGUACUGAAGAGAAGGAAGGGGCGAGGACCACUGCUUAUAUAUAUGAUAGAAGUCGACCAAAAGAAGUGCUACUUACCCCCACAUACAUCAUGUCGAUCACGUCUGGCCGCGUUAUCUAGGAGUCCGCUCGCCUUUACGGUCACGCUCGACGUCGGUGCUUUUCAGGCCGCCACUAAGGCGGUGAAUAAUCUGGUCAAAAUCAUAGAUGCAGUGAAAAUACACCUUGACAAGCUGAAGCUCGACGAGAAUCCGCUUGCCACCGAAGCAUAUGAAGCUGCUCUUUUGGACGCCAACGACUUUUUUCGGACUGCUACCUACUAUGUUAAUGUGCCAUUGGCAGAGUGCAAUAGUUGGGCACAACAUCAAGGGAAUCUGCACGACAAUAGAAAGGCGCUCCGGGAUAAGAUCAUGGGCCUCGUUGGUGGUAAUGGUCCUACUCCCAGCAAAUUCAAGAAGGUUAUUAAUGAAGCCUCCGAUUACGUAUUCAACACCACGAGGACAACACCAAAUACGGCGAUUCUCAGCAAUGUCAAGGGGAAACUUAAUGAACUCCAUACCAUACUAGACUUGCUGACACAAACCCGCAGACGCUCGGAAAUGAAUAUUGCCAAAGGUUUAGAGGACGGGAAAACGAUGGCACAGGAGCUCAUCAAAGUUUUGGAAAAGGAAAAGCCUAGCCCAGAUGACCGUAUCAAUUUCGAGGCGGCCGAACAAAUGUUCAAGAGGAAGGUGGAAGAUAAUACACUGAGCUGGAAGAAAGUUUUGAACGGCAACAAUGCGCACCCGACAAAAAUCCACGCCAAAAAGGUCAAAAUAGACACCUUGAAGAACGUGUCGCACGAAAACAUCUCCCUGCUGGGCAUGAUGGAGAUGGUGUGUCGAAUGAUGGCGCAGUCUCACAAUGAUUUGACUGUCGUCUUCAUUUGCGGAGGUACCAAGCCCGGGGAUCCAUUCGCCAUCUCAUCGUCAAAAGACGUGCACCCGUGGAGUCAGAGUCUCAACAACAUGGUUGAGCGGCUCCGGAACAAGGAACGACUCGACCACGCGCCGCAGAAAACGUUUCCGAACGGGGCCAAAUUCUCAGUGUCGGCCAGCGAGGACUUCAGCAAGGACGCCGCACGUCUCGAGGCUCUGAAAAACGAGGCCGAGUUCAAGGAAAUGAAUCCCGCCCAGCAGAAAAAGGCCAUCGAGGGCAUGAGGCGAGGCCACAUCACGGGAUGGCGAAGAGUUCAGACCACAAAUGGAUACUUCAGCCACCCCACCGAGAAGGGCGUCUCACUGGGCUGCCCGGACCUCAAGGUCGUGGCUCGCUGCCCGCGCUGCAUGUACGUGGCCGACUUCGACACGACCGAGGACGGCCACAGGAUCGAGAGCGAAAAGCUCUAG